UAUACAUACAGAGACUGCUGCUUAGUUUCAUCAACCAUUUAACGUCAUUCAGUCAUUUGUGCGUCUUCAUUCGUGAUUGCUUGUUUCAAGAGGCAGCAGUCUAGCUGACAUUAAACUUUAAAGAACUAUCCAUCCCUUAUAUGUUUCUUUGAAAGCCUUUGGCUUUUUAAACCUGUUCUUGAAUAAUAUUAUCAUAUAAACCAUGACAAAAUACGAAUUGAAAUACUUCAACGUUAGAGGCCGUGGAGAAAUCAUACGGAUUACUUUAGCGGCCGCUGAACAGAAAUUUAAAGAUACGAGAUAUGAAUUUCAAGACUGGUCCAGCCACAAGCAAGAUACACCUGGAAAAGCUCUUCCUGUAUUGAUUGUCGACGACAAGACGGUCCUUACUCAGAGCAUAGCAAUCGCCCGCUAUUUAAGCAAGAAAUAUAAUCUCUACGGUAAAGAUGAUUGCGAAUGCUAUAAGAUUGAUGAGAUUAUAGAUUGUUUCUUGGAUAUCUUUAAUGCCCUUGUUAAAAUUAAAUUCGCUCCGGAGAAUAUGAAGGAGGAUCUUAAAGUCAAAUACAAAGAAACUUAUGUAAGGAUAUUUGAUUAUCUGGAGGGAAACCUGAAAACUGGCCAAACUCACUUCGUUGGCCAAAGGCUUACUCUUGCAGAUAUUUCUAGCUUUGCUUUCCUGGAAUUCUGUAUCGAUUUAGAUGCUAACUUGCUGAAGACCUACCCAAAGAUAGAUGCCAUUCGAGAAACUGUGUCUAAAGUUCCCUCUAUCGCUGAAUACCUUGAGAAACGUCCUAAAACCGACUUCUAAAUGAAAAUGCAUAAAUGAAAAUAUUCGAAAUAAAAGAAUUCGUUUUUAGAUUUUAUUAAAUCGUA